AUGGCUGUGUCGCUUGAUGUGGCGGACAUGAACUCUAUCUGUUCCGCAGCCAAAGCUGUGGCCAAUGGUGAAUGGAACUACUACGAGGGUCUACGUAAAGGGGGAACCGUUGGGAUGUUCCAACCUCCAUAUUAUUGGUGGAAUGCCGGUGAAGCCUUUGGUGGGUUGUUACUGUACUACUCGUUCUGUGAACUGGAUAAUUCCACUUUAGAACGGAUUAUUUACGAUGGGAUGUACCAUCAAGCUGGUGAAGACUUCAACUAUAUCCCCGCUAACCAAUCGUUAGUGGAGGGGAACGAUGAUCAAGGGGUUUGGGGUAUGACCAUCAUGGAAGCCGUCGAAAGAAACUUUACUGACCCUCCAGACCAUAGUUGGUUGCUGAUGACUCAAGCUGUGUAUAACACUAUGAAUCUGAGAUGGGAUACGCUGCACUGUGGAGGGGGGUUAAGAUGGCAGAUCUUCACUUGGAACUCUGGAUACGACUAUAAGAAUACCAUUUCUAACGGGUGUCUCUUCCAUAUAGCUGCUAGACUCGGUCGAUACUUAGGCAAUGAUACUUAUGUGGAGACUGCUGAUAAGGUUUAUAGAUGGAUGGAAGACGUCGGGUUCUUACACUUUCAAGGUGACGUUUUAACUCUUUAUGAUGGGGCUAUGAUCACCAACAAUUGUUCCGACCCAACCAUUCAUAAGUGGUCUUAUUCUUAUGGGAUCUUUAUGGCAGGGUGUGCUUAUUUGUAUAACGCUACAGGAGACGACAUUUGGCUUACCAGAACUCAAGAUAUUUGGUCUGCUUCAUCAUAUUUUUUCAAUAACUCCGUGCUUACAGAAACAACUUGUGCUCCAUACCAUUGUAAUAAUGAUCAACGGUCAUUCAGAUGUUUGUUUGCCAGAUGUGCCCGUUUAACCAUGCUGUUGGUUCCGGAAAUGUAUGAUGAUAUUUACAAAUUGAUGAAAACCAGUGCUGAAGCUGCAGCUCAAUCAUGUUCUGGUGGGACCGAUGGGGUCACGUGCGGCUUGGAUUGGUCUGUACAUGGUUGGGAUGGAGUCUACGGUUUGGGAGAACAAAUGUCGGCGUUAGAAACUAUUUUAAGUAUGGUGGUAGGGAUUAAAAGUGUUGACUCUGCUCCGUAUACUUCUACAGAUGGUGGCUCCUCGGCAAGUAAUCCAGAAGCUGGGUUAAAUACCGUUGACCAUACAAAUCAAAAUCAAAUCACCGUCACUGGUAAAGAUAAGGCCGGUGCAGGUAUAAUCACGGCCGUUUGUCUCGGAGUUAUACUUGCGGGAGCAGUAUGGAUGAUUCUUUAA